GGAGUAUUGAACCACGAUUGAUCCAAGUGAUCGACUCUCGGACCUUAUUCCCAGUCCAGGUGUCACUCCUACAGGUGUACUCAGGAUUUCAUUAUAAGGUGACAGUCUCCAUAUUUGCUUCCUUGGGACGAUAUUUGUUCUUUGAUUGCAGACUGUUGUUUAAUGAGGCAUGGCUUUGAGACGGAUAACGGUUCCUAAUUAGUGAGGAGGGUCAUGUUGUCAAACAUGAAAGACUGGGGGGAGUCCACGCUGAUCUGUCUCGUUUGAUUUGCGUGUCGGUAGGAGUCAGUAUUUGGGAUGGCCCAGACCUGUGCCAAGUGGACAGUAGAACAAUAUGACCACUGACUGGCCUCAUGUCAAGCAGGGAGGAGUGAGGGGCUGGACUUGAAGGAAUUCAAGUGUGCUUGUUAUACUGUAAGGAGAGACGAUCGAAGACAAAACAUAGCUUAUCUUCUUAGGUCUCCUUGAACAGAACUCACAGGAUGGAUCUUCCCCAUGGAAAUUGGAUGUGUCGGUGAAGGUUCAUCUGACUUUAGAUUCCAGAAGUCAACUGGGCAGGACAUUUCCAAGUGUAUGAUGGAAAUAUGCACUUUUCCAAAUAGAAAAAUAAUUCAGUGAAAUACUCAGUGUGAUAUCAGUAUAUCAAGCAUGGAUCACCUACAAGCAAUGAGCGAAGGGGUGGAGGAAGCGUUGUCCCUGUUGGAGGUGUUGUCUAGUCGGAAUUCAUGUAUCACGGAGCUGGAGGUAUGGGCAUUGUGCAGAGAGUGUGCACUCACAUUGGAGUACAUGCAGAGUGAGCCUGAUCUAUACCAGGGGCUGUGCAUCACCCCCGAAACUGUCGCCUUCGAUCAGACUGGGAGCGUUUGUUUUCUGGACCUUGGAAUUGAGCCAGAUGCUUUCUAUGUUCCUCCGGAGUAUCAGCAUGAUGGACACACGUACAAGUCCCAGCUGUUUUCGCUGGGGAUGACGAUGCUGUAUGCCGUGGAACACCAGGAUGAACACAAGCCAGAGUUGAGCCAGAAGCUGACCAACCUCCUCAGUCGUCUGACUGCAGAUGACCAGAACCAGAGACCCGAGCUCGACACUGUGAUAUCUCACUGUGAAGAAGAGCUGGAUGGACAGUCUUCCCAGGAUAUAUGUCUCAUCCUGUCCACAGUCACACCCUCACCUAGUUCUCAGGAAGCUAACGGCAGCAGUAUUCUUGAUCUAACAAGUGGCCUUACAGAAUACCUACAGUCUCAAUCAACCUUCGUCAGCCAAUCACCUCUUCCCUUCUCUCCCCCCACUGAAUCUGUUAACGCACCACGCCAGAACAUGGAUCAUCAGUAUCGGCAUAUGCAAAGAACUGAUCAGCAUUCUUCUGGGAAACACCAUCAGGGAGAGACGCCAUAUUUGGAUAAUAACCAAAAUGUGACCAGUGUUAGUAGUAAACAUUUUGUGUCUGACAUACAAGGGAAUAGCCCGUCCCACGAGCAUAGCAGGCGGACUUAUAUAGAAUACUCAUCAUCUGUAGAUCGAGAUGGAUAUUACCCCGAGGAUCAUGGGACUUCCAACAGAGCCAGUAGCGGACAUGGUCCUAGUGUACAGGAGUCGAGUGUGGAUGGCGUUACAGGGCACGGUGUUCGGACUUCGGGCUCCUUCCAUACAAACCUCCACAAACAUGGGCCCGAUCCCAGAAUGCAACAGCAGUUAGGUCCUGGCAGUGAACCUUUCACAGAGCAGACGGAGUAUAUCAAGAAUGGCCAGUUUUCCUUGAUAGAGAACCAUACCUCCACGCCUACCUCGUCAAGUGUAGAAGACAAUCAGCCUUCACCUUCACCUUCUAAAGAAAGGAGGAAACAGGGAAUGACAAUCGCCGAUGUGCUUGAUUGGAUCAACCGCUACCUCAAUGAGCAGGAAUUGUGGGCCAUCUGCCGGGAAGGAGUUCUCGCCCUGCAGAGGAAAAAGAAGCACCUACCUGCCUACAUCUCCCCCGAUACGCUCGUGGUGCGGGGAGACGGCAGCGUGACCUUCAAGGCCAUCCCAGAGGACAAACCUCUGGAGGUCAUCUUCAUGGCACCAGAACUUCAACAGAAGGGAGUCCUGUCUGAGAAGACCUGCCUGUAUGGGUUGGGAAUCACCCUGCGCUGUGUGGCCGGACAGAAGUACUCCACCUCACUGUCUCUCCAGGUCAGCCAGAACUUCGAACAGCUUCUUCUGGGGUUGCUGCAGCCUAGCCCCGAGAGCAGACCCUCCCUCCAGACCUGUCUCCAGAUGUGUGACAACCACGAGGCAGAGGGCAACCCACCCUCCAAGCUGUCCUGUCAGGAACUGUACAACACAGCCCUCAAUACCUCUAAACAACCCUGUCAACCCCCGCUACCCCAGCAGCCCCGGCAGACUGCAACUCCACCACCUAUCCCCCCUCCCCCACCUGCGGACGACGAUGACAUAGUGUCGGAGGAGGAGCUGAACCUUGAAUAUGUCGUGGAGGAGGAGCAGGACCUGGGCUACGAUCACAUCCAAGGGCACUCUUCAACAGACGGGAAUGCUUUGGAUGAUGAAGAAGAAAUCUUUGUAGACGAGCCUGCUGAGUUUGAGGUGCCAUCGCCUCCCCCAAGCUUUAAGUCAGUCAAAAAGACUCUUACUGAGCCAUCAAUAGGUGGAUCUGCCUUCAAGCCAGUAGCACUGAAGCCUGGCCCAUCUGGAAAUGGAGGCCAGAGAGUGCCAAGCGCCUUCUCUUCCCCGGCCACUCAUUUCAAACCAAUAGUGCUUCAUGAUGCUUCCGCUGAUGCCAAUGUGCAGGAGGAAGCUAAAACUAGGGACUUUGAUUUCAAGGAAAAGGAAACCGAAGUUAUGAAGAAACUGCGAGAGUUAAAAAGUGAUUUAUCAAAACCAAGAAAGCUUGUUGCAAAAGAGAGUGGAAGUAGUGACGGAAGUCGAACUGACAGUAGUAAUAGUGGAAAGGAACCAGUUCAACCCAGUUCCCUGGAGUCUCUCCUGAAGCAGCUGCAAGGUCAAGGUCAGAUGCCCAACACUCAGAGUCUGGCGUCGGCCAUUGCCCAGCACCUCAAGGGUCAAGUCGGGGGUGAGUACGAGACCCAUGCAUCAGCUGAGAUGAUUAGCCCUCCGCAGGUUCCUCACAGGAUGACAAGCGGACCUCCUCUUCCACCGACCAUGACCUCCAGUGUUGUGCAGCAGAAAAUGUUGUCUCCAGCUCACUAUCAGGGCAUGAUGGGUCCAGGGACAUCGUACCCGCUUGCAAUUCCUACUCAGAUGGACAGAGCUGUGACGUUCCCGAUGCAGUACGGCGGAUACCCAGGGUUACCUCCCUUUCAGAUGCAGCUGCAGCAGGACCCGAGGACCGGGAUGAUGAGCUGGGUUCCCAUCAUGCCCUUUUCCUCCCAACCAGCGCUUGGCUCCUCCCUCCCAAUCAACCAGUCCCCAGACUUCUACAGGAACAUCCCAAGUCAGCCAUUGUCGGGAUACUCCAGCGAUGCUCAAUCUACUCAUAACAAGUCCGACCUGAAUGACUCCAUGAAGGAUGAGGAGCUGAGCUCAUCUCCAUACAGGAUUCGGGUUCCGUCUUCCGCCUCCAGCACAAAGAGUGGAAGGGACUACGUGUCUCCACAAAGAGGAACUGUAUCCGAAACAUCCCCAGAUGGUUACACAUCUGAUGCUAAUGUGCUCAGGAGACAACAAUCGGAGCAGUUUCAUGAUUUAAGUCCAGUUUCAAGUCAGGGAAAACAAAAUGUGCAUAAUCCCCCCCAGCAUGACUUUCAUGGUCGGUUGGUAAAGGAAUCCAGAUCUAGUCCUCAUUAUAAGCAUUUCCAAAGUUCCAUGAAACCUCUGUCUGUGCCAGAUCACCAACCAGAGUCUCCAGGUGCUACAACCCCUCAAAGAUUAUCCAAUCAAAAUGUGACAAAUGACGAUUCCAAUGCCUCACAAACCUCCUCUCCAUCUCCCUCGAAAGACAGUGGCGUGAGCGGCGUCCAAGUUGCCACAAAGGCCUACCCCAACACCGACGCCAGUCUUCUUGAUAGGCUGCUCAGUCCAGAAAGCCUCCAUAGACAGCAAGUUCAAGGUCGUGUCCUUCAACUUGUAAGAGAGGGACAGGGCUUUGAUAUGCUCUUUGAGCAGAAUUCUGAAGAUUGUGCAAUGGCCGAAUACAUAACAUCACUGGCUAAUUUGAAGUGGGAGACAUUCGCAAGUGCCAUCACCGAGAAGUACAGCCAGCUCUACUGGGGAGACAAGCUGCUCUGUAAACUGUAUGACAUCAUCAACGCUCACCCAGUCCAGCCACAAACUAGUGCAUCAACCCGCUCACCACCUCCGCCUCUGCCGACGAGAUACUCGUCGUACAAGGCAACAGAUAACGCACGAGACCAUCCUGAGACCCGAACCAAGGAAUGGGGGAACCAGUUUCAUCAUAAUCACCUCUCCGAACCAGGACACACUUCAAACCCACAAAACCGGAGUGGUUUGCAAGAUUCUGUUUUUGAUCAAAGGGAGAGAGGGUUUAGUGAAAGAAGUAACAGACGCGAGAGGUUAUUGCCACAGAAGUCUGAACCGCUACCAAAUAAACCACAAAUUGUGACUAAAAGCAACUUCAGCCCCCAGAACUCUGAACAAGUGAAAAUCGCAAUCUUGAGGUCCCAGUCAGCGUGCCAAGGGGUCGUCGGUUCCAGCGCCAUCAGUGAAACAUCCGAUUCCACAGACACGGAAAAGAGGGAAAAGAAGAGACGAUUCAAGAAACGGUACGAACUGGACAGAACCAAGAGCUCCUCUAUGCAUAAUAUAUCCAGUGGCGCAAUGUUGACAGUGUCUGAUCACAGGCGUUCCGAUUCCUAUGUAGUGGAUAUUCCUGUCGAUGGUGGUGUUCUUAAUCAGGGGGAGAUAACUCCCGUAAACCGAGGCACACCCCAUUACCUGGACUCUCAGUUAGAGUUUCAAGAUGACCAUUUUCAAGACCCACAGUUUCGGCAUAGAGAUUAUGUUGUGGAUAGAAGCAGUAGCCAUUCUCCUGCUUACAGUGAGAUAUUACCAGGGGUCAAUAUGAGGCACUCGAACAUUGGCCACAGAGGUUCGAUACAGGAGACGUUUGUUGACCACUCCAACCGGCCGCCGAGUAGAAAGGCGAGCUCCUUAUCUGCGACGCCAGUCCUCAAUCUGGACUCCUCCUCAAGAAAUCCAAGUGUUAAUUUUGAGACUUACAAAUACAACUCCCUACCUCGUGACGCCUUUAAACGGCAGACGUCUAUGCCGUCACAGAGAGCCUCUUAUCCUGCACAGCAAUACGACAAAUCUCAUCAGCCUGUUCUCGAUAGGCAACAGGAAAUAUCUCAACGAGUGGGUCGAGAUCAUGAUCGCAUGAAUAGUUCAUUAUCAAAUAUUUCCGGAGGGGAUAUGGUUUCAAAGUCAUCAUAUGAAUCGGAUAGUGAGACUAAUUUCCGCAAUAAUGUACGAAGAACAUCGGCAAAGAUUAUGCAGCAAAACAACAAUGACCGCCGAAUCUCCCAAGACAGCCGUAAUUCCUACCGUGGGAAUGGAAAUGUGAAGGAUAAGGUUUCUCAAGCUAAACUUAACAAAUCUGGUCAGAAAAGCUCCUCGGCUUCAUCAUUACAUAACCCUAAUCGACUGUCGGACUCCAACAGCAAGUCUUCAGGACAGCAGUAUCUCCAGGUCUAUGUGAAAAAGGGCCAGGUCGUAUACCACUGGGCAGUCAUUCAACUCAGCAUGUCGUCAGAGGUGGAGACCUUUAUGCAACAAAUUGAGCAGGAGGAAGACAAUCAGGACCUCCUGCAGGAGAGGUUGUCGGCCAUCAAGCAACAACUGUCGGUACAGAGGAAGGAGAGGAAGACGUCACAGAGAUUCUACAAGAAGCUUACCGAACCUGCCUUCAAGGCGGAGAAAGGUGUGGAUCAAAAGACAAGUCAGGUGCUGAAGAAUUUGUCUGAGAUGACCAAGAAGAUACGGUUCCUGGAACUCUGCAAGACUCAUUUACAGAUGUUGCUGACAGAGCUGUAUGGACUGGACCCCUCUUACCUGUACAGCUUGCUGGUAUCCCCCGACAACAAGCCGCUGGUGCUACAGCCCUACACGGAGAACCCCUCCCUGCAGUUCCAGCCCCUGCGGGAACCCCACAGUGGGUGCGAGGUGCAGGUCCUACAAGCAGGGGAUCCCAAGGGUCUCAUGGCCUACCUCUUCACUUCGUCGGCCCUGAGUGACGGCUACAUCCACCAGUUCCUCUACACCUUCCGCUACUUCCUGGCUCCAGAGCAGCUGUUCGACUUCAUCCGCACGCGCUACAUCGCCGCCUGCAGAUCGAACCAAUCUGACGGCAACAUUGUGAGAGUGAUGCAUCGUGCCGUCGACCUUCUCCACUUCUGGCUUGAAGGAUUUUACUCCAUCGACUUUGAGAAAAACAAUGCUCUUGUACAGAGGCUGGAAGCAUUUGUCAGGGAACAUGUGAAUUCAGCCGACCCUGACAGUGGGAGUAGUUUACGGAAGUUGAUGCAAGCAUGUCAACUUGGCCCCACCUCGGAGCUGCUAGGAGAGACCAUUGGGGAGACAGAGGACAACGAGAAGUCUACCUGCUUCGUCCACUUGGAGACAUCCAAGAAGCGAAGCCGAGCCGAGAUGCUAGAAGAGUGGGACUCUUUUCGAUCAGGGUCGAAGGUGAAGGUCACUCCCAAACACCGACCAAGUCUGCCCGACCUCAGCAUGGACCUGGAGAAGUUUCGCAAUGCGAGAAGCAUGACGGACAUCACUGCCGCCCCGACCACAUUCACACGACGAGCAGAUGCGUUCUCCAUGAUGGAUUUCUCACCCAGCAACCUUGCCGAACAACUGACGCUGAUGGAACAGGACCUGUUCAUGCUGACCCACCCCAUCCACUACCUCAACUCGAAGGCCCAGGGUGUGGGCGUGUCGCUGUCUAUGCCUGGGCUGCGGACGCCGUCCAUGCAGAGGAAGAACCGUCAACCUGAAGUGACAAGUCUGUUUGUUUCCGACACCAAGUUCGACUCGGUCAUUCAGCGCAUUAUUUCCUACAACCAGGAAGUUGCUCACUGGGUCGCCGCGGAGAUCGUCACGUGUACGUCAACCAAGAGUCAGUGUGUCAUCUUGAACAAGUUCAUCCAGGUGGCACAGCUGUGUGCCGAGAUCCGCAACUUCUCCACAUGUCUGGCCAUCUUGGACGGCCUGGAGAACCUCAUCGUGCGUCAGCUGCCCUCGUGGAAGAGUCUGCCAUCCAAGUGUGGCGGCAUCAUGGAGGACCUAGAGAAGAUCAAGGUUCAAGUUAAAGGAGAGCAGAACUGCCUGAUGAAGGAGAAGGACAGCCAUCUUUGUCCAACAAUUCCCUCUGUGCUGUACUUCCUGUUACAUGUGCAGCAGCUGGAGAUAGGAAGCUUCCAACUGGCCAAUGGCAUGCACAAGUGGACAAAGAUGAGAUCCAUCAGUCAGAUGAUCGACCAGAUCCGAGUGUUCCGUGAGAAUGAGUUCCUGUUUGAGCCGGACGAGGCGUUCCAGGACACCAUUCACCAGAGAAUCGUGGACUUCAGCGACCAGGACCUCCAUACCGUUGCAUCCAACAAUGACACCAACUUCAGGAAAAUCACAGCUGGUGGACUUUCUGGCGUCUUUAGGAAGGUGAAAGACAAAUUGCAGUCAAAAGGAGAAAAAUGAAACUAUAGACAUUGUAAUGGUGUGUUUCAAAGACAUGUUGGUGCCACCUUGAGGAGUUGGAAGCUCAGGAGGAGUCCUGCAGCAAUAGAAGUGCUCUGUGUCUUCUAGCUGGCACCAACCUAGCGUGAAAACAAUCAGAAUCAUGACCACAAUAUGUGCCUUGUCUGAAGUGUGCAAGGACAUCCAGAAGAUGUCUACCAGGAGAGUCGUGAGACAACCCUGGCACUGACUGUGACAUGAUUGUACUGAGCAUGUACAAGAAUUCUACAUGCUCCACAUUGAUGACUAUGUGUAGAUGUUCCUAAUAAUGUUGACAUUGCUAUCCGUGUUAACAUUUCUACCUAUACUGACGUUCAGACAUGUGUCGACGUUCAUACGCGUGUCGAUGAUCCUAAACUAGUGUCAAUAUUCUUACACGUCAACGUUCCUACGAGUGUCGAUGAUCCUAAACUAGUGUCAAUAUUCUUCCACGUCAACAUUCCUACGCGUGUCGAUGAUCCUAAACUAGUGUCAAUAUUCUUACACGGCAACGUUCAUACGCGUGUCGAUGAUCCUAAACUAGUGUAAUAUUCUUACACGUCAACGUUCAUACGCGUGUCGAUGAUCCUAAACUAGUGUCAAUAUUCUUACACGUCAACGUUCCUACGCGUGUCGAUGAUCCUAAACUAGUGUCAAUAUUCUUACACGUCAACGUUCCUACGCGUGUCGAUGAUCCUAAACUAGUGUCAAUAUUCUUACACGGCAACGUUCAUACGCGUGUCGAUGAUCCUAAACUAGUGUCAAUAUUCCUACACGGCAAUGUUCCUACAUGUGUCAUUGAUCCCAAACUAGUGUCUAUAUUUCUACAUGUUGACAUUCCUUCAUGUGACGACAUUCCUACACAUCGACAUUUCACCACGUGUUGACAUUCGUAAAGUAGUGUCAAUGUUCCUGCACAUGAUGACAUUCCUAUGUGGUGGACAAGUGAAGAACUUGAACAGAUUUGAACAUAACGUACGAACUCAAUGAAGACAUCAGCCAGUACCGGAUUACACCUUUGUGCUACAAUGACCUAAAACUGUGUAGAACUACAAGUUCAGCUUACUGGAUUGGUUGCUGUUCUCUUCCUGCGUGGACGAUGUCAAGAAGCAUCCUUGCACUAGAUCAGUUUAGUGAGCGUAUUUGGUGAUUGUACAUACAGGGCAGAAAGAUUCAUCAGCAGCGAGGGAUCAUUCAUAUAAUUACAGAUAUGUCGCUUACUCCGCCAUCAGCAGUGAGGGAUCAUUCAUAUAAUUACAGAUAUGUCACAUACUCCGCCAUUAGCAGUGAGGGAUCAUUCAUAUAAUUACAGAUAUGUUACAUAAUCCGUCAUACCACCUUAUGCCUUGGUACAGAAAAAAUAUUGUUUUCAUUUACACAAAAAAAUUAUAGCAUGCACACAUGUUUUACAGCAUUAUAUUGUAAAGAAUGCACACAAAUAGUGAUCCUGUGUGGCCAUUACGAAAAGUAAACCUAUGAAACUGUAUUUUGUAGCAAUCUUUGUUGUCAGCAGUACCAACAGAUUUGUCUUGAGUGUACAAACCUACUUUUCAGUCUUUUUCAAUAAAGAAAGAAUCGUAGGUUAAAUAAAUGCAAGUUUACAAACUCCA